ACGUAUCCGCGCGUUAUUAGCGGAUAAGCGUGGCUUGAGGGGCCGAGCGAUGCGCGGGCGUCGCUCGGUCGCGAAAUAAGGGCAAUUUCGCAUCGUCUGCUUGGAGUGCACCGCGCAGGCUCGCUCAAAAUGGCCGCCUCGCUGCCGCGUUUGUUUGUGGUGGAGAUGGAGGGCCGCGUAGCCGAUCGAUACGGCGACGGUCGCUCGGUCGCACGAAACUGGCGAUGGUGUCUAUGGCGGCUGUUGUGUGUGUUGCGGCGUGGCGCGACCUGCACGCGAUUUACGCCCGGUGAGAUCGAACGUGGUCGCGUGGCUAACAGGCUCACGGUGGCAGUGGUGUGCGGGUGAGAGCGGGUGCUUUGACACAGGCGGCGAGAUGACCGCGAGACGCGAGCGUAGGGCGUGGUGAGAGAGCGUAGCCGACGGCGGCCUCCCCGCAGACGCGAAACCCUGAGCCCUCCCUGAUCGGGUGACCACUCAGAGGGACACACAAGGUGAAGGUGAUGUAGAAAAGAAAUUUAAAUUAUCAAGGGCCAACACCUGCUUUGACGGGGCACUGCAAUAUAUCUGUGGACAACACGGGCGACGAAGAUAGGAAAAUGGUAUCUCUGCCCACUGCAGAGUCUGGCACAAUGGACAGAAUCUCAGAUGAUGAAGAUGAUGAGCCAAGUAGUGGAUCCGAAACGUACGAGGAGGGUGACCUUCUCUCAGCUGCCAUGGAUGAUGACGUGACGGCCCAGCUAGCAGCUGCAGGUUGGCAAAUCAAACACGCUAAUGGCCCUGUUGGCGUAGCCGCAGCCGCCGCCAUUGUGUCUGCGAAAAAGAGGAAACGACCUCAUAGUUUUGAAACAAAUCCCAGCAUUAGGAAGAGACAACAAAACAGACUUCUGAGAAAACUCAGACAAACAAUAGAUGAAUUUGCAACGCGAGUUGGACAACAGGCAGUAGUAUUAGUAGCUACACCCGGAAAGCCAAACAGUAGUUAUAAAGUAUUUGGGGCGAAACCAUUAGAAGAUGUAGUAAAAAAUUUAAAGAAUGUUAUAAUGGAAGAACUUGAAAGUGCACUCGCACAACAAGCUCCACCUCCAGUACAAGAUGACCCAUCCUUAUACGAAUUACCACCUCUUAUAAUAGAUGGCAUACCUACACCUGUCGAGAAAAUGACACAAGCUCAGCUCAGGGCGUUUAUACCCUUGAUGCUGAAGUAUUCCACGGGUAGGGGUAAACCUGGCUGGGGUAGGGAUAGUACACGACCACCUUGGUGGCCAAAAGAACUACCAUGGGCAAACGUUCGUAUGGAUGCAAGAUCUGAGGAUGAGAAACAAAAGAUUUCUUGGACUCACGCGUUAAGGCAAAUUGUAAUAAACUGUUAUAAAUUUCACGGAAGAGAAGAUCUUCUACCUGCAUUCAGUGAAGAGGAUGAUAAGUCAAAUGUAUUAAUACAACAGUCGGCUCCUCAUUCCUCGUCGCACCCAUCACAUUCGUCCACUCAGGGGCAAGGUGGACAGUCACAACAACAACAGACGGUGGGAGUUGUUCGCCUGAGCAGCACGGAUUCAUCUAAGGGAAACUCUUCGCCAGCACAAAUCAUUGCCGCGUCUCCCACAGCUCUUGCCACUGCCACUCAGAUGACGACUCAGUAUCCAACGGCAGUUUUGCAAACGAUAACGAACCCCGAUGGUACUGUUUCUAUCAUCCAAGUGGAUCCUAAUAACCCAAUAAUCACGUUACCGGAUGGUACAACAGCUCAAGUGCAAGGGGUUGCUACCAUUCAUACGAGUCAAGGGGAAGUUCAAGCUCUCGCCGAAGUAGCAGGUAGCGCGGAGGGUACUAGCGUCGCUGUCGACCUGAACAGUGUUACAGAAGCGACAUUAGGCCAAGACGGUCAGAUCAUUCUCACAGGAGAAGACGGACACGGUAAAACAGUUUUCUAUAGGCUCUGCACCGUCGCCGGCCAGGAGCUACUUGAGCAGUGAAUUCGUUUUUACUGGCCCAGGAUCCUUUGUUGUUUUGCAUGCUGUCUGCUACGCUCCAUUCAAGAAACUACCUACUGUUCUACUACUUUGUACAACGAGAGUAGAAUGUCGAAUUAGUUUAAUCUUUUUUUUGGUACUGUACAUAAUACGACAACUUCACACUCGAGGAGCUAUGCACAGCUUUAUUUUAAUUUCAUUUUUUAAGAAUCCAUGGUACCCCCCCACAAUUUAGCAUUAUCUUCAGAGGAGCGUUCAAAAUGUACGGAAAAUAUCGAUUCUUUUUUUACAAGACACGUUCAAACGUUGCAUAAAAUGCAAAGGAAGUCGUUUAUGAAACGUAGGUCGCUCUCAACGCCGUGUCAUUUUUAUACGGAUCGUAUACGUCUCAGACUAUUCUCUUUCCGAGAUGCUCCUUUUCUUUUUAUAUCCCCAAUAGAAGAUGCUCGAUUAUGAAAGAGUCAAAGGUAAAUGAAAUGUGUAUAUGUAUGUAGAUAAUUUUUUAAAGAUCGAAUUGAUUUCAUUCAGAUACGAUAUACUUGUACAUCGAAAUGUUACAUGUACAGUUCGUACUCCUCUGGAAGUAAAUGAUCAGAGAAAUGUCGUGACAUUCUGAAAUCUGUAAAUCGUGAACGUAACGGUCAAAUCUAUUUGUUCACAUGGAUUCUUAAGAUUUUUUUAUUUAACGAAAAAUAAAAAGAAAAUAUCACUUCACGAACACGACAGAACCUGUCCCCGUUCUACAAACACCAUUUACCGUUACUACUGAAGAUUGGUGAUUUACUUUAAUUUAAAAAAAAAAGAACAAAGAGA